AAUUCAGGACCCCUGCUCUAAUGUAUUUGUAUCUAAUUGAUCAUUUUACUUGUUUUCCCUCUUUUGGCAUGUUGUGAAGGCCAAAAAUGACCACUGCAAAGAGAGUCAUGGUGAUGAACCUUGGAGCCCCCCAUCAACACCACCACCAUCCAGAGAAGACGAGGAGCUCAGAGACGAGGUUCUGUCAUCCAGUGGGUCUGAUGCAGAUCCACUGGAUGAGGACUUCAAACCAUCUCCAUCGCCAUCAUCCAGUGAAGAUGAGUUGCUUGCACUAGAGUCCCAGUCAUCCUGCCACAAUACUCCAGAGAAGCACCAUAGUCACGCAUCAUCCAGUGAAACUGACACCAGAGAAGCUGAGAACCAGAAGGCCAAAGGCAAAGCCAUUCAAAAAGGUACAAAGUCAAAAGGAAAAGGAGGAAAGUUUAAAGAUGAUAAAAAGAUUACUGUUAAAAGAAGCAUAACAAAGGAUGGUGCCAGAGUCUGGGACAAAGUCCAUUACUGUAUAUUCUGUGAAAAGGCUCAAUUUAAGAUAGCUAGACAUCUAGAAAGAAAACAUAUUAUGGAACGCGAUGUCGCCUAUGCUUUUAGUUUCCCAGUUGGCUCAAAACAAAGGAAGAUUCUGAUAGAAGGCCUUCGUAAUAAGGGUGAUUGGAAACACAAUCGCAUGGUCUUCGAGGAAGGAAAUGGUGAGAUUAUAGUAUGGAAACGGCCCUCUGAGAAGGCAGACAUAGAGAGCUACCUACCAUGUCAACACUGUUAUGCAAUGUUCAAGAGGACUAAACUCUGGAGACAUCUGAAGUCAUGUAGAGAACGGAAAGAGGAAAGAAAGAAUGGCAAAAGAGUACAAAAAUCUUCCUGGCAUCUACUUCCAUGCAAAUCAGGCCAAGGAGUACAAAAGAUCAUCCACUCUAUGCAACAAGAUCAUGUAACCUCUCACAUCAGAAGUGAUGAGAUGAUUUGUGUGUAUGGAGAUGCAUUACUUGCAAAAAAGGGCCGUGAAGAAUCUCAGCACAGAUACAUUGGACAAAAGCUGAGAGAACUAGGACGGUUUAUGUUGGCUGCCAAGGAGAUUGAUGAACGUGCCAAAACUCUCAAAGACAUUUGUGAUCCAGCAAAUUUUAAACUGGCAAUUGAAGCAGCCAGACACGUGUCAAACUAUGAUGUAAACAAGAACGAAUAUGGAAGGCCAUCAACAGCUGUUAAAAUUGGGUUUUCACUCAAAGGGGCCACUGAAGCCUGGAUAGGCCACUGCUUGAUGGACUCUGAUGUCAAAACUGAGAGGGCGGCAAAAAAGUUCAAGGAGUUGCUGGAGAGCUCAUGGUCCAUUCAUGUGUCGACUAAUGCUCAUAGCUCAUUGGAGCAACGGCGGUGUGGCAAAGAAGACACUGUACCUCUGACGGAGGAUGUUAUCACUCUCCAGAACUACCUGAGGAAAGUUGAGGAUGGGGCAAAGACAGAGUUAACAGAGCGCGUGAGUACUACAGCAUACAGGAAGUUAAGUGAGAGCCUUCUUGCACAAAUAAUUGUGUUUAAUAAGAAGCGUGAAGUAGAAGCAUCACGUUUAACCCUUGAGACAUAUCUAAAAGCAGACACCGGUCCUGUUAAUAAGGACAUUUAUGAGACUCUAUCGCCUGUGGAAAAACAAAUGAGCCACAGACUGACACGUUUGGUGACGCACGGAAAGACAGGCAGAAAGGUGUCCAUCCUUCUUCUUGAGCGCACAAAAGCUUCGCUUGACUUCCUGGUUGAAAAACGGAGGGAAGUUGGCAUACUUGAGGAGAACCCCUUUCUGUUUGCCAGGCUUAGCACAACAACCAAUCUCCGUGGGUGUGACUGCCUCAGAAGAUAUGCAGAAGAGAGCAAGGCCAAAAACCCAGAACUGUUGAGAUCAACAAGGCUGAGGAAACACGUUGCUACCUUAAGUCAGCUUCUCGACCUCAGCAAUCAGGAACUUGAGCAAGUUGCUCGUUUUAUGGGACAUGAUAUCCGAGUCCUCUGCGAGUAUUAUCGACAGACAGAUAAAACAUUCCAAGUGGCCAAGAUCGGCAAACUUCUGUUUGCGAUGGAGCAUGGAGCAGAGUCACUGAAGGGGAAGAGCCUGCAAACACCGGACUCUGUUAUCAGUGGCAAAAGACACGCAGUCACCCCAACUAAAGAUCUGAAAGGUGUCAAAAAGAGAAGGACGUCAGAUGCAGGAAUUCAACAGGAAGCUCAUGAAGAUGGACGGCAGCUGUCCACCACAAGCUCAUCAGCUCAAAGGAAAAAGAAGACCGUCACAACACAAAGACAAGAUGAUGAUGAUGACGACUCCGCAGGAUGGUCUCUUGAGAAGAGACAAUGUCAAACUGCAAGAACAAGACAUGCAGAUGAUGGUAAUGCUGAUGAGGAUGAUGGGAGUGAUAACAUCAGUCAAGGCAUUGAAGACACAGAUGGACAGGAGCCACACUCAACUUCAGGAAGCUCAUCUGCUGAUAAACCAAAGAGGAUUACAACAUCUAGACUGGAUGAUGAUGAUGAAGAUAGCGGUGACUCUGAGCAUGAUGAAAAGGAUCAAAAAGGGCGUGCUAAGAGGCUAAAGCAAUCCCUUAAGAAGAGCCAGAAGAAGACUGCAGUUAUUAGACAAUGCAGUGAUGUUGAUGCUCCAGAAAGGGUAGUCAAGAACCGAGGUAAGAGACCCUGGAAUGACCAGGAGAGGACGGCAGUCAAACGACGCCUUGCCAAGUUAAUCGCCCUUAAAAUGGUUCCAGGAAAGCAGGACUGCCUGAUGUGCAUUGCUAAAGAGACUCCAGUCCUAAGUGCGCGGACGUGGAAAGACGUGAAGUAUUUUGUAUACAAUGAAAUUGUUAAAGUUAAAAGAAAGCUUGCAUUAUGAAUGAAUUAACUGAGUUUACUCCAUCUGUUGAAUUUCCUGUGUUUUAAAGGGUGAAUUGUCUGUUAGUUUGUUCAUUUGUUAGCACUCUAACAACUUAAUAAAUAACCCAGAAUUUAUUAUUA